CGUCUUUUUUUUUUUUUUUUUUUUUUAAAUCAUCAGCUGUUGUGCCAUCAAGCGGCAACGACAGCAUCCUUCCGUGCUACAACGAUGUUGCUUUUCUUACUCCUCGCCGGAGUCGCCGCGGUGACGUUAUUGGUGGUUUUAUUUACACCUCACAUACGAAGAUAUGCGGCGGGAGGAGUGUGCAUGUCGUCGACUCGUCUGGACGGGAAGACGGUCCUCAUCACUGGGGCCAACACUGGCAUCGGGAAGGAGACCGCCCUGGACCUGGCCACUCGAGGAGCUCGGGUGGUGAUGGCGUGCCGGAACGUGGACAAAGGCGAGGAGGCGGCGGCCAGCAUCCGGGCAGCGUACGCCCAAGCACAGGUGGAGGUUCGGGAGCUGGACUUGGCCGACACGUGCUCCAUACGAUCCUUCGCGCAUCAUUUCCUUCGAGACUUCACCCAUCUUCACGUCCUGAUCAACAAUGCGGGGGUGAUGAUGUGCCCCUACACCAAAACUAACGACGGCUUCGAGGUGCACAUCGGGGUCAAUCACUUAGGUCACUUCCUGUUGACGUCAAUGCUGGUGGACCUGCUGAAGCGCAGCGCUCCGGCGCGCAUCGUGGUGGUCUCGUCGCUGGCGCACAACUUCGGCUGGAUUCGCUUCCACGACCUGCACAGCCAGGGAAGCUACAACAGCGGACUGGCGUACUGCCAGAGCAAGCUGGCCAACGUGCUCUUUGCUCGAGAGCUGGCGAGGCGCCUCAAAGGCAGCAACGUGACGGUGAACUCGGUACACCCCGGCACGGUGAACUCGGACCUGACGCGUCACUCCACCCUGAUGAUGAUCUUCUUCAGCGUGUUUUCGGUCUUCCUGAAGACGCCCCGCGAGGGCGCCCAGACCACCGUCUACUGCGCCGUGGCUGAGGAGCUGCAUUCCAUCUCGGGGAAACACUUCAGCGACUGCACCCCCGCCUUUGUGGCCCCCCAGGGGAGGAGUGACGAAGCCGCCCGGCGUCUGUGGGACACCAGCUGCGAGCUCCUCGGCAUCCAGUGGGACUAAUUGAAGACUUUUAUCCAUCAUUUCAUUGAUAUAGUGCAGAAUUUUUCAAGCAAAAAAAAAAAAAAAAAAAACCCACCACAUUUUAGUGAGACAAUGUGAAGGCAGGGCAGCUGGAUGUAUUGCCAAACUGUGAGCGGUCCAAGCAGGGUAAAACGACCAGCACCUUUUAGUCAAUUUAUCUGAUAUUUUGUCUUGCUUUUAAGCGUAUUCGCAGCUAAAUCUGCUUCACGUGUGUGCCAAAAUCUCACAGGGCUUUUGUCCUUAAGGUGGAUCCAAACAAUUAGUAAGCUAAGUGUUACUUUAUGAUAAUGACAGAAAAACGCCUUCCUUGUGUGCUUUCACGCUAGGAUGCCAAGAGUUUACGUGUGCUUUUAUACCAGCGAGGUUCGUUUGCCUUUUUAACCACAACUAACGUUCACGUGCAGAGUUGAAUGUUUACAUUUCAUGUAAAUAAACUGUUAGCAUUUGGA